CACAGUUUCAAAUUAUGCAUUUAUAACCAGGAAUAACAAUACAUUUAAACAGGAAUAAAUUAACAUUUUAUCAAGGUAAAAGAUGUAAUAUUCUUGCCUUCUAUUGCCUACUUACUCUGCAAAGAAAAAAUAAAGGGUUUAAUCUUGACAAUUAAAAAGUUAUUGGAAAAGGCUUCAAUUAUCGAAUUACCGAAAUUUUGUGACAUAUUUUUGCAGCCGAAAGUGUUGGUGAGUAAUUAGCGCCUACACACCUACUUUUUGGAACCCACCAUUUUUAGGGUUCCGUACCCAAAGGGUAAAACGGGACCCUAUUACUAAGACUUCGCUGUCCGUCCGUCCGUCCGUCCGUCCGUCUGUCACCAGGCUGUAUCUCACGAACCGUGAUAGCUAGACAGUUGAAAUUUUCACAGAUGAUGUAUUUCUGUUGCCGCUAUAACAACAAAUACUAAAAACAGAACAAAAUAAAGAUUUAAAUGGGGCUCCCAUACAACAAACGUGAUUUUUGACCAAAGUUAAGCAACGUCAGGAGUGGUCAGUACUUGGAUAGUUGACCGUUUUUUUUUGCUUUUUUUUGUUUUUUUUUUGCAUUAUGGUACGGAACCCUUCGUGCGCGAGUCCGACUCGCACUUGCCCGGUUUUUUAAAUGCUGUAAGCAUAACUCCAUACAUCAGUUUUCUUACAAAAACGCGAGUUAUUUCGUAGCCGACAUCUAGCGUCAAGUAGUGGAACUAUCAGUACCGCUACUGUCACAGAAUAAUUAAUAGUACUGACGUACAGAAAGGAAACUUCCUACAAAAACGAAGUUUGACAGCGUUUCAGGGUCGAAUAAUGCUGUCUCUUUCCAAUAUAUCGCUAUUUAGGGCUUUCGGCUAUUUAGGGUUGUCAACUUGUCAAAAAUCAAGUGAUUAUCUUAUCUGUGGUCGUGCACGCAAAAGGAAGUAAAGUGGUGCCAACCCUAAUAAUUGCUCGGAGCAAUGCUGAGCCGAGCGGAGCCGAGUUUGACCGAAGUCAGGAGUUUCGCACCCCUGCUACUGUGUACCCAUGUGGGUACAAUGGGCGCUAAUGGGUUAAAAGUAUUAAAAGGUCUAAGUGUAAAACACACUUAUUCUAAAAAUACAUAGUUUGAUAAAAUAGGAAUAUGUAUGUAAAGUUAGCAGUAGAAAUAGGUAAGCAAGUCGGGUGUUCAAAAUUUCAUUGGCGCUCAUUUGGCGCUACUUUUAUUAGCCAUUAGAUAAUUUUGAACACCUUGCCUGCUUGUUUACCUACUUUAGCUGCUGAUUGUACAUACAGUGAUCUAAGACGUUUGACCCCUUGUGUUUGUAUGCACAGGGGGUCAGACAUCUCUGCUGCAUAUUUUACGUAUACCUAAUACGAAUCUAGUAAAUACUACUGUUAUACAUGUGUAAGCUUAUAACUGUUGUUUGUGACCGCAUUAUUCAUAUGGUGGGACUAUUAAAAGACUAAAGUUUUUUUGUACAGUCGCCAUCAGAUAUAUCGGAGCGGCCAAGGUGUUCACAAUAUCUGAACAAGCACUCAAGGCGUUAGCUUGACAAUAGAGGCGUGCUCGGAUAUUUGUGAGCACCUUGGCCGCUCCGAUAUAUAUGAUGGCGACUGUACGCAACUUACGUAGGAACUACAAUCAGCUUCACUGGUUUCCAGUAAUUAAAUAAAAUCAUUUGAUUAGGAGUAUUAGGACUUAGGUCAUACAUAGGAGAUAGAGUCUGACCAGCGAGUCGCUGCACAAGCAUUUUUACAGAAUUCUUCAUAUGGCAACAAUUUUAUCUGUCAAAAGUGUCAAACAACUGUCAAAAUGUUGACAGCUUCUGUUACCAAACAAUAUUGAUAUUUGUGUCACAUUUAUGUGAGUUUUUAUUUGCAAACAUAUGUUUGACCAGCGAGUCGCUGCACAAGCGUUUUUAGAGAAUUCUAUAUAUGGCAAUAAUUUUAGCUGUCAAGUGUCAAAAAUAUUGUCAAACGAGUUUACACAUAACCUAGAUUCUCAAAUUCUCAUGUUAGUUCAUUCGUUACGGAAGUUUAUAGUUUAUAUCGUAUUAUAAUGGCUAAACCGAUUAGAAGCAGUGUGAGGAGCAUGUUAUUUAAGAUAAUCUGUAACUAUAAUCAAGUUCGACACGACGAAAAUGAGAAAUUACUAGAAAAGAAGCGAAUAUUGGACGAAAUCAUUCAGGCGACCGCGGGCGUAGAUGACGAAAAUGUUAGAGAAACUAUUCAAAAGCUAGCAAGCGAACUGAAGAAUGUUAUUGAUAAUAACGCAUCAGAAUCAAGUUAUUUAGAGAAAGUGUCUACUAUGACAGGUGCAAGCAUUCGUACACUACGCACAAUUAAAAAAGAGGGUUCUAUUAACCAAGGCCAAUGGAAUACGCCAGGGAAAAAACGACCCCGGCCACCAACUGUGUCAAAUUUAGACAAUUUUGAUGUGUCAGCCAUCCGUAAUAAAAUUAAUGAGUUUUAUUGCGUCAAAAAGCAGGUACCUACUCUAAGAGCCUUACAUGCGGAUUUGAAAGAAUCUAUAGGAUUCUCAGGAUGUUGUGAAACACUGAGGAAAAUACUACACGAGAACGGAUUUGAGUUUAAAAAAAAUAAAGAAGAGCGCUCCAUCCUCAUGGAAAAGUUUGAAAUAUCUGGGUGGAGGCAAAGGUUUCUUAGAGCUAUACAUAAAAAACGGGAAGAAGGAAAAAAUAUUGUCUAUCUUGAUGAGACAUAUGUCCAUCAAAAUUACAGACCGAAGAAGUCAUGGCAAGGGCCUUCAACUUCCGGUUUAGUUGAAAAAAUUUCCUCGGGUAAGCGGCAUAUUAUAGUGCAUGCUGGAUCAGAGCAAGGAUUUGUGCCCAAUGCUUUGCUUGUUUUUAGCACAAAAUCCAAAGCAGCUGACUAUCAUGAUGACAUGAACAGUUCUAAUUUUUUAAAGUGGCUACGAGAAAUGUUAAUCCCAAAUUUGACUGAGCCCAGUGUAAUUGUUAUGGACAAUGCCAGUUACCAUGUAACACAAAUAAAUAAGCCUCCAACCAUGCACAGCUUAAAGGCUGAUAUUCAAAAAUGGCUAAGGGAAAAUAAUAUCCCAUAUGAAGAGUGUUUCAAAAAGGAGGAAUUGAUGUGCCUCGUUGAGGAAAAUAAAAUUGGUCCCAUAUAUGCAGCAGAGGAGUUAUUGAAGCAGCAUGGGCAUGAGGUCCUUAAAUUGCCUCCAUACCAUUGCGAUCUAAACGCUAUUGAGUUGAUAUGGAGCCUCACAAAGCGAAAAAUAGCCAGCAGAAAUGUGGGGCUACCGGGUUCAGAUACGGAAAACUUGAUCCGAGAAUGUUUUGCAAUGAUUACCCCGGAAGAUUGGAAAAAAAGUACAGACCAUGUAAUAAAUGUGGAACGAAAAUACAAGUCUAAGGACAACAUUACAGACACUGAACUAGCUCCAUUCAUAAUAGAAGUUCGGGAAAGUGACAAUGACAGUGAUAGUUCUCUGUCAGGAAUUGAAUUUCUUGAAUCCGAUUUCGAUUAUGAUUCUUAAAUAAAUAGGCACCUUCUUUAUAAACUAACAAUAUUAAAAGUAGAUUGAAACUAAA